GUAAAACAACUAGUGUCUUUAAAUUAUGUGAGGGUCCGAUUGCAGGGCGGUGUUUUUGUCGUUCAGCGUUGAUAUUGAAUUUGGUACUUCUCGUAAAGCUGGUAUUUUGGUAGCGACGCAUAUUACCGACCUGCUUGAACGCGCGCACUAUCAACAUUGCCCAAUUGCAGCUUAAUUGGUGUAUAAUUCUAUUAUAAAACACUGCGGAAGCAUUAGCUGAGUUAGGGGAAGCAGUGAACGUCGUACAGGAUAGGAUAUGUGGUUAUUAAGACCUUGUAUUUCACACUUUCUGUAGUAUGAAGCAAUCGUACCAAUUCGACAUUAUUUUCGAUGCGUACGACUAUAAAAACCAAGGAAAGGUCUCACUGAAGGAUUUCCUAAAUGUAAUUGACGAUUUACAAGCGUCACAGAAUUCAAAUGAGUUUCCACUCCUCAACGAAAGACAACGGGCUAUUUCAAAGGAUUUUAUCCAGCAAAAUGAGCAACUUUAUGUCACAAAAUCAGAAUUUAAAGAUUUUGUUUACAAACUAACGGGAAACAACUCUGCUGUCUUCGGCCCUCCCAACCUCCAACUUGACAAUGAAUCUUACGAGAUUUCAGAACUAUCAUCUAUACGUGGAAGUCCAGAUUCACCCUCACCAAUGCCUUCUGGUAUGCAUAUAAAUAUGUAUAACGGUCGGCCUAUGGACCUUGCUAAUUCGCUGCCCCAUUCACAACGACAAGACCUCUUUCAAACACCUCCUAGGCGGAAUAUCCUUGCUCAAUCCACACCUCUUCCAAAUCUCCAUUUACCACAAGCGUCUUCAACAAAUAAUGGAUCUGCAGAACUGCGGCUAAAAGAAGUUCAAGAAGAACUGAACAUGAUUACAAAAGAGCGUGAUCGAUGGAGGAAUGAAUUGGUGCAUAAGGAGAAUGAGCUUGCACUAACAGAAAACACUUACAAAAGUACAUUAAAAGAGCUUCAUGAAGCUUCCAAUGUCGCAAAGGGUCUCACAGCAAAAGUACGCGUUCAGACGAAUCAGCUUCAACAGCAGGCUACUCAAUUAAGGGCUUUGAAGGAGCAGUUGGAAACAUCACAUCUCGAAAAUAAGGAAGUAUAUGAACAGUAUGAGAUAUUAAAAAAGGAGCAAGAACUGCUACGACAAGAUUUAGCCGACGCUACAAAAAGGCUAAGUCAUGAGGAAUCAAAAUGUCAAAAACUACAGCGAACAUUAAAAGAAUGCACCCUAGAUGAAGAAGUUUUCCGACGAAUACAGGAUGAAAAGCAAGAUCUCCAAGAGGCAAUUCAAGCCUUUACGGAUGAACUUCACACUGAACGGCUGAAACGGCAAGCUUUAGAACAAGAAAUUGCUCAAUUGCAUCAUCCCCGGUCUGAAAAGCAUCAGAUUACCGAACCCGUAGUUCAGCUAUCCAUUCCAUCUCUUUCUUCACAGGAGACUCCAAAACACUUGACGGUUUACAUGCAACAGCAGGAUCUGUUUAUUCGUGAACUUCAAGAAAAGCUAUCCGAACUGAAGUGUCAACAAGCAACAAAGUCGCCAUCAACUUCGAAAUCGGUCCCAGAUGAAGUUAUUAUUAUUAAUAAUCUUCUCUCAAAAGAACUUUCUGAUCAACACGUAUUGAUCGAAAAACUAACGGAAACGCUCAAUCGUCUUAAGGACGAGAAAGACGAAGAACUAGAGGAAAAUACCACAUCUUCAAUAAUAGAGGAUACUUCUUUACAUUUUAUUGAAGACACUGUUACGGCCGUAACCGCAGCCGUUAAUGAUCAAUUUGACUCUGAUGAACCAAACCCGUUUGUAGAAAAAAAGAUCGAAAAAGAAGAGCCGUUACCAAUACCGGCCUCCAUUUCACAGCAAGCACCGUCACCUCAUAUUGUCAUUGAGGCCCCAACACUUUUGCAAAAAGCUGUUUAUUUAUAUUCUUACUUGCUCUAUGUUACAGAGCCUCAACUGCAUUUAUACAUUCUUUACUUUUUCGUGGUUACAUUUUUAUUUUUGGUCCGCAUGGCUUAUUCUAACGAUUACAGUUUAAGUGCAAACGACAAUUCCCUUAUCCAACCAUCAUGAAGAUGCUUCAUACAGACUUUUUCAUACUUGUUUGUCGGAAUCUUGAGUAGGCUACAGCAUAGAUAACAAGCAUGCUGCCCGAACUCGUCAACCAAAAAACGGAAGACAAAAAGAAGAAGCUGAUUAUGCGGUGUUUGUACAUAAAUGAACUAUUUGUUAGUCACACAUGCAUUUUCAAUUCUCGACACUUACCGAACAUCAUUGAUUUGGGGCACAAAAUGCAGUUUUGCCUCGUAAAUUUCGAGCUUACUCGAAUCCACCUGAAGAGUAGCUGUCACUUGCUUUGAGCUGCCAUAGUCAUUGACGACAUGCCCGUAAUACGCUGGUCGUAAAAUCUUCGAUUGAAAGAGUGUCACCCUUGCACUGUCCUUCUCUCUCAAAAUGUUGGUAAUAUACAAAGGCGCUAAAGCUAAUACCUUUAGCUUCUUUAGAUAGGACGAAGUGUAUGGAAGGACAACCACUUUGGAAGUGGUUUCGUUGAAGCCUCUGUUGUCAGUAACUGCAAGGUCAACCUUUAGAUUGCCAAUUUGAGCAUUCGUCUCGGAAGUUGGAAAGCUCCAUUCAAGUUCCACAGUAUAAGGAAUUUCCUUUCCUAGCACAGAUGCAUCCAACGGUACUGUGGCCUUUAAGUUUGAUACUUCCCUAACGAUCGCCGUGUUAGCAAUUGUUUCGAAUUCAUUAACAGUUGUCACCAUUCAUGAACUACUCACUCAAAAUGAACAUUAUAUGUUACUAAUGAACUAGGAAUGACCAAAUUGUAGAAGACCGAAUAAAACACUGAACUAAGUACGGACAAGCAGCAAAAUGCAACUAAGAACAUGGAAGCCUUAAAAAGCUUCAGUAAAAACGCCAUUCUUAGGAAACGUCGUCAUCUAACUUCCGAACUCAAUAAGUAGCUCUUGAUAACGGAAAUUGCAUUUCUUUGGUUCUUUUCUGUCGUACAACUGUAUUCGAACUCAUCACACGUCAUUGAAACGACAAUAAAGUUGAUAUAACGUUAUAUUUAACCGAAUGCUAGUCGUAAUUUCGCGCAAUUACUGG